GAUUGGAUCGUUUUUUUCGGAAAAGAUCGAAACGGUUUGGCCCUCAUCAGUCCGUGCGGUAAUCCGUGUUCACAAACGAUUGGUGCGGAGUCGAGCCAAGGAAUAAUAACGACGGGGCGAUUGCUUAUUGGGUUAGUGCUGUCGAGCGUUUCUCAUUUACUGAGGGCGAAGUUAAGCUGGCUGCAGGGGAAAAAAGUUUUUUAUUUCGAUCCUUUGUGAAAAACAAGUGGAUUAGCGUAAUUGGUGAUUGCGGAAUUAAGCUAAGCGGAACCGGUCGCUAUGCUUCGAUUGCUCUAAACACAGAUUAACCGCAAUCAAAAGAAUGCUGGGUGGAACUCAUACUGGUGACCGAUAAACGAUAACGCACAGUUUGUCUCCUGCGUACUGAAAAUGAAGCUUAAUUGUGACCACAGAAACAGUAGAGUGCUUCUAAAAUUGAGCAGAGCUCAUCAUUCCUGUUCGGUGGAGCUUACUAACGUUGUCUCGACACGCAGAAUCUCAUCGGCUCCAGUGAGACGUGUUUUCAUCCAGCCAUUCUUCGCUGGAUCGACGCAAGUGAAGGAACCAACACAUCAUCCAGCAUUUCCAGCUGGCUGCUGAUGGGCAGCGGAAAAGCCGAAUAACAGCUCACACAUCGAGUUGCCUCCCGGGAGAGUUUGGGGGUGAAAGUAACACUAACCGACUGGCAAGCAUCGCACUUCACACGAAACGUCGUACCGUACCGACACCCAGUAAUAGUAGAACAACCACACGAAUAAAGUUCGCUUCAGCGCCGCUAGAAAAACGCUCCCACGCCGCUUGAACGGAGAUUAAAUUAAAAGUGCCAAGUGGAAAUGAGUCUAAAAACUCCGCAUAAGCAUCCGUAGGGUUCGCAAUUGAAGCAAACCGGCAGGGCCAAAGUGUAAAGUUGAAGCAGAGAAUAACAAUAAUAGGGAAAACGAGUGAACGUGUUCGCUCCCUCCUCACUUCACGUCCGCGCCACAGUCAGUGCAGUGUUCCAAUUUCGAAGAUCACAUCGAGCAGAGGAGGGGUUUCGCGUGGCAAGGAUCACCCACCAGAGGGCGUUAAAUCCGAUAAGCGAGUGAGACUUUUGCGAGAGCGUAGAUUGUAAUAACAGCAACAAAGUCCUGUCGUCGUCGACAACAACAGCAGCAGCAGUAGCGGUAGCAGCUUCGGCACCUUUGGCAAAUUUUUCAAGGAUUCCCAUUAGCCGCCAACUGGUUGUCGGAUUUUCUGUGUGAAAGGUGAUUUUUUUCGGUUCAUCGCCAAACCUUCCCACUGGAGGAAUAAUAUUGGAGUUUGGGUGGCAGCAGGACCGGUUAACAACGGCACCGGGCGUGUGAAGUUCUAUCUCGUAUGCAUACGCCAAGCACUGGUGCCCCCACUGCAGACAUCAGCGUAUGAUAAAGGAGUGAAAAACGGUUGCACACAACGGAACCGAAUAUGUGGCUCCCAGCGGUUAUGGAUUUACGGCUCCCGAUUCUCUGUUUGCUGAUAGUAGCAGAAUCAUCGCUAGGAUUACGUAACGUUCGCGUCACUGUGCCGACAGCUAUUCGGAAGGGGGAGUCAGCGCAUCUGUAUUGCAACUACGAGAUGGAGGACAAGGAACGGCUCUACUCAAUCAAGUGGUACAAGGGCAAACGGGAGUUCUAUCGGUACACACCCCAGGAGCAACCACCGAUGAAGGUGUUCCGAUCGGCCGGCGGAGUGGAGGUGGAUAAUUUACUAUCCAACGAAAGCCACGUCGUCAUCAAAGCAGCAAAUGUGUCGGGCAAAUUCAGUUGUGAAGUGUCAGCGGAUGCCCCAUCCUUUCACACCAUUAUCGUUUCCGGUGACAUGGAAGUAAUAGAACCACCAGAGGACAAACCGUCAAUUAUCGGAGUGCAAACACGAUACCGUCCGGGGGACAUUCUGAGAGCCAACUGUUCAUCGCUACACUCUAAACCAGCAACAAAUCUGACGUGGACAAUCAACGACGUUCCGGUGCUGCAGCAACAGACCCGACAAUACAGACCGAUCCGAGAUGUCAGCACGGGACUGGAAACGUCAAUACUGGGGAUCAACGUGAUGGUCUCCCAUAGUCACUUCGUUAAAGGGAAGCUGAAGCUCAAAUGUGAAGCCUCGAUACAUCAAAUCUACCAUGAAAGUACGGAGCGGCAAAUAGAGGAAGAUCGGCCGCUGAUUAUGUCCAGUGGGCACAACUUGUUUCACAGUAGCGUUUAUGACGGAGAGCUGACCGACCAGGGCGAUCGGUAUCUCACUAUGAAUGGCUUUAAAGCAGACAAAUCCUCUCCCCCGACAACGUCGUCCGCCGGCAUGAUGGUCGGUUCAUACGUGAAGGUUUGCUGGAUCACCUUCUACAUCUGCACUAUUUGCACCGUACUGUUGUAUUCGCUGCGGGUCGGAAUAUCCUGAUUGUACAAUCUGAAGGAGAUAAUCAAAAUAUAAACGCCCACACGCGGCGCCUUCCUUCGCCAAAUCCUGGAACAUACCAGCUAGAAAUCGACCCGAUAGAAGAGAAAACCAGAAAUGAAGAAAAUAUAAACCUAAACAGAACACAACAUAAACCGAGUGCAGAUGAAUUCAUCGAAUCUGCUGCGAGUGAGUCUCCGAUAUCUAGGGGAAAGAUAGAAAAUUGAGAAAUUUGUGAAAUAACAAACAACGCCAUCCUUUGCUUCCAGAACGCUUUGCCCUUCACAACACCGAUCUUGUACCAUAUAGUGUAUUAUCGAAGUAUCGUACUUCCCCCAAACCAAUGUAUCGUCAUAACAUGGACAACGAUUUUGCUAAAGCGCGAAGCGAGAACGACUAGGAGUGCUAAAUUAACGAUGCAAUCCGACUACUAACUAGUGGCCGGUUCGCGGUGAUUGCCGCUGCACUUCUCUAGCCAAAUGGGAUCGAAUUGAAUACCGAGGAGCAGCCAACGAGUGGCAAUGACGAUGAUGAUGAUGAUGAUGAGCAUAGUUUAGUGGAGUUUAAUUAAGUGCGCUGCCAUAGAUGUAGAGCUACAGACAACCGCACACACCCACACAGGUUGUGUGGUCCUUCGCAGGUGGUUGAAUGGUCGAAUGUGUUGGUAGGAAAGCGAAGCGAGUGUUUUGGUUUGCUGCCCUGUGUGAUGGAUCGCUGAAGGGCUGGUACUGAUACUGUCAUAUGUUAGGGAAAGAGCUGUAAAAAAACUAGCCAUUAAAAAACGUAUCUGAAAGCCCAUUAAAUAGUUGAAAGUAAUUACAUUAUAUGAAACAAUACCUUCUAAACUGGAUGACAUAUAAAAGAUUACGGUAGAUAGGAAGAGUGAUUGUUGUACAGUUGUUUGUUUUUUGCUUAGAAACUUGAUUUACAAUCCGAAAUUUAAAUUAUUCUGAAAAACAAAAAUUAUUUGAUGCUAAGCAAAAUAAAUUUCUCAAUUAAAAUUUCUAUUGAAUCAUGCAUAUUAAGUGAAGUAAUUUAAAUAAGUUUGAGUAAAAUGAUUUUCGUCGAUUCAAUGUUAAUGAUUAAAAAGACAAUUUUUUUACGAUUUCUGCUGACGCUCUAAAUGCAAUCAAAUUGGAAAUUGGAAAUGGAACUGCGUUUUUAUCCCUCAUUUCAACGUUUGAAACCCUCUCUUUUGUAUCUUCUUUUUCCGAAAAACACCACUGUGAAGCAAAGCUACCAACAUUUUCAAAUUUAUCAACUACUUCAAACGUACCCCUAUUUAUUAUCAUCUCUAAAUUGAAACCACAGAGUUAAAAAGAGUUUACUUUUUCUUUAUAUAUACAUCUAUAAUAUUUUUCUAUAGCUUUGAGGCCGAUAACAAACAAAUGGAACUUCGAGAUAAUGGUUCCACUACUUUGUCCGCUAUUUCUCCCUACUGCUCUUUACAUGGCAAUAUUGAACUACAGGUUCAGAAGCCCAAUCAAAAUUACGCUAGCUAUUCUUACUCAUGAUGGGAAAUAGUGCUCUAUAAUUAGAUAUAACUCACUAUGCUUAACUAAAUCGUACGCUGUCUUGAAAUCUGUAAUAAAAUGAUGAGCAAGAAAGUUUUAUUUGACUUGCAGAUCCUCCCUCACCUCUCAGUUGGUAACACGACUGACUGCCAUGUGUGGCUGUUUCUAGCGCUUGCUGUGCUGUAUUACAAACCUUGCAGAGAAUUUUCCUCUGCUGUUUCCAGCUGGUUAACCAUUCGAGUGGUUUCCAUAAUAACUCUGUAGGUUGAUAAUCGCUCAAUGAUCAGCCGUAUUCUUCUUAAGGAACUCUUGAGGAGUGCUUCCUCAUUUAUAUUUCUGCAGAUAUUUUCGACUACGGUGAAGUUUUCCAAUCACGAGCAACUCUCAUGAUUUGUAGCAUGGAGACAGUCUUUAUCAGCAAUGAGUAACAAGAACUUCUCCCCACAACUUGUACAUUUACAUUUCUGAUGGCGAUUUCGGGUGAACAGACAGCGGGUGAAAUUGGUUCAAUACCACCUACUAGAGUUAUUUCCAGAAAUAAAAUUUUCUUGUAAAUCCGAAUCGGAAUCAAAUACAGUCGCCAUUUUAAAAUCCAAGAUGGCGACCUUCAGAUUUAGAAAUAUAAUCAAAAACAGUCAUAUAAUCCAAUAUGGAUAUUUUCGGAACCUACAAAUCGAAAAUCGAUCCCAGACGAUAUGUUGAAAUCCAAGAUGGCAACUUCUUGUUUCUAGCAAAAAGAGUGAAAUAGUUAAAAACUAUUCAUUAUAGAUAUUCUGAAACAAGGAUUCGAGUUAGAAACCAGAAAUCAACUUUAGUUGCCGUUGGCUAUAACUUCGCCAGGGACAUGUGAUACGGAAGUGCAGUCUCUGUGUGUUCGAGGAAGAAACGAACCGACGUCUGAACUUAAACUUGGGUACGUUGUUGAUCAUUGGACGAAUAAAUUUUCUUUUUGGAUAAAUUAAAGUAGAGAAAUGCACUGACCCACCAUUCUUUUUUUUUGGCUCCAGAGUUCAUUUAGUUGUGCAGUUUGAUUCACUGUUCCCUAUAUGCAUCCUGUGUUUGCGGGAUGUAUAGCGGCUACUGUGCAUCCACACUGUGCUUCCAGCUUCACCUUUUUGUUUUCUAAUUAUUCUUUUACGUACAUUCCCUUCUCAUUUCACACUGUUUUGGUUUUUCGAGGCACGCUACUCUGCUAUUCAUGGUUAAUUUGGAUUACCUCUAUUGAUUGCGGUUUUCGUAAAUCGCUUUUUAGUCUGUGCCCUGAAAAUAAACUCACUCAGACAAUUUUUUCCUUACUUAUCAUAUGUAAAGGAUAAACUCUAAAUAUGGCUUUAUCAGGAACCAAUAAACUUUUCCAAACACUUCACAUCUCUUUUUUUGUUGAGCAGCAACUUACACUCUUUUUUAUAUAUGAACACUCCUUUUUAACAAUCACAAUUAUUUUGAUUUCACUGAAAUUAUUCUGAUGUUAUGAUGAAUUUUAUCCCGCCGCUGUCACCAAUGCAAUAUGGUCUAGAAACUGAAUUUAGAGGGAAGUUUGGAUCUAGAGCUCGAUGGCAAUAUUUGUUCCACAAAGUUGUUACAUAUGAUGGAGCGCCAAUUGUAAAAUAAUCAAAAAAUAGGGUGACUCGCAUUUUAUAUAAAAUCAAGUACCUAAGUUUUUGCAUUUUUGUAGAUAGAAGAAGAAGUUAUUCUACAAUAAUAUAGCUCCCUUAAAAUUAAGCAACUUUGUACAGAAAAGUUUUUCUCUAUCUUUAAAAAUAACCGAUUUAGAUCAAAAAAAAUUUUUUCGCUUCAACUUGUUUCAAUUUUCACAUUUUAACUACCCAUAGACGACUUUUAAGACUUUUCGAGAAAACAAUCUCAAUCUCUUGUGUCUCAAUUUGAUAGGCAUAUUUAUGCCAAGAAAUUUUGAAAAACAUGUUUUUUUUUAAAUUGAGUAAAUUUAAUUUGAAAACAUAACUAUAAUUGUAAUAAUUUUAAAUUUUUUAAAUGUAAAAGCACACAUUUUUCUCGGUAUUUUCUCUUAAAAUAAGAAAUAAUUACCUUUAUUUUGACCCAAAAGAGAGGAAAAAUCGAUCAACUGGUUCAAAAGUUAUGAAUUUAAAAAAAUCAUUGACUAUAGUCGUUUUUUACGGUCACCCUUUUUUGGAACUGGUAGCUCAAAGUGCUUCAAUUGUGCCCAAAAUUGCAGAUAUGAAUCUUUUUCGAAAACAACAGAACCGGUAUUUUUUCGUUAAGUCCACCACUGAAAGCUCCGAGAUAGAACUUUUAAUUUAAAAAAGAUUUAAAUCUUAUAUAUAUAUAUUUUUUAUGUUUGCCCCAAAAGGAAUAACGAACAAUUGAAAAAGGCAUAUUUUUAUGAGAGACAUAAUAACUUUGAGUAGAAUUGAGACAUUACCAAUGUCAGCAAUGCAAAUUGUUUCUCUUGAUAAGCCCUUAAAUAAGAGCGAAAUUUUUUUUUCUUCAAUCUAAACCAGUUAUUCUCAAAGAUAGAGAAAAAAUUUUCUCUGCAAAGUCGCUCACAUUUAACGGAUCUAUAACAUUGUAGAACAACUUUUUCUUUUAUCUAUAAAGAUAAAAAAGUUGAAUACCUGAUUUCAUCAAAAGUUUGGGUCACCCCUAUUUUUGAGAAUUUUUAAAUAGGCGCUUUAUUAUAUGUAAUAAGUUUGUGGUAGAAAUUUUUUUUCUAAAAUAUUGCUAUCGAGCUCUAGGUUCAAAUUUCCUCUUAAAUUCGGUUUCAGGAUCAUUGUGCACUGGUCGACAAAAGCGAAAAAAUGUUGCUCUUCAGCUCAGAAUACUUGUCCCAAAAGACUACUGCUUUUUAACCAUUCUUGUGAAAUCGUGUAUGCAGAAGUGCAUCGGAAUGUUGCAGAGUAAGUGCUCACCGGGUUCGUCGUUUUUACUUUGACUUACGGCAAGACUCAUUCAAGUAUCUCUUCUAGGGUUACCAACAUUCACAGAAAUGCAAAAAAUAUUUCCAAUCACUUCACAACACUUUCUUCUCCCGUUAAGCAUUAACUUUCAAUUACAAAUUUAUUUUUGUUUUACCGAAAUUAUUUUAAUGUAAUGAUACUUGGGAAAUUUUAUCCCGCCGCUGGCACCAAGUCCGAAAAGGCAAAAGAGGGAGCUUAAUUCUGUAGCGCUUCUCACUUUCAUUCUAGCUAAAUAGUGUCCACGUAACAAUUGUUCGUAUGACUGAACUGCAUAAUCUUAAAUUGUCCAAAGUUAUGUUAAGUUUACUAUAUUGAAAAUAAAAGAAAUAACUUUUUACUGUUAAGAGAUAGAGGAGUAAUAUAUUCAGCGAAUUUGUAGAAGAGUUAACAAUUUGAAACUUAACUGAACAAAUAAAAUUCCUUUCUCCAUUACAUUUAAGGUCAUAAAGCAUAUAAACUUAGGUUAUUUAAUAUUUAGUGUUCUAAACUUAACUCUUGUUAGUCGUAUUUUACAAGAAAAUGUUUUCCGGUGUUGUACUUGGCCAUAUAAAACACACAUUUUUGCCAAAGACUACAUAUUAAAAAAAAAAACAAUAUAAAAUAUGCUAUAAUUUCACAAGAAACAGUAAGAUAAGAUAUAUUUGGUCUUUGUCUUAUAUUAUAUAUAAGUAAGAUAUAUUUGGUCUUUGACAAAAACGUGUGUUUCAUAUGUACCAACAAUUCCUAUCGACAACGUUUCUUGUAAAAUGCAAUCCACAAAAGUUAAGAACGAAAAACUUUUUUUCAAGUAACUGCCAUAUAAAAACACUAUAACUCCGUGGCAGAUAGUAGUUUUGUUUAUUCAGCAAAGUUUCAUAUUUUUACAUAUUCUAAAAUUUCGUCAAAUAAACCAUUCCUGUAUCUCUUAAUAAAAAAAGGAAUUUCUUUUUAAAUAUAUGCAAACCAACUGUAAUAUAUACUCACCGCACUCUAAAAUGGGUGAAUUGGGACAAAUGGAAUCUACAAUAGUUUGACAUCGUGUUUUUUCACUUGCCCUUUUUCACCCUACAUUUCAUAAAGUUAUAGAAUAACAAAGGUUUGUCCCUGUGAGUAUAGGAAAGAAAAAAUAUCUGCUUUUAAGAAAAGAAUUCUUUUUUCAGACUUUUUUUAUCGUUCUUAAUUACAACGAAAAAGAAAAUCCAACCAUAUUCAUUCUUCGUUAUUAGCUUCUACAUUUAGGCCAUGUGGCUGUUAUUUACUUAUUCGACUUAGGUCAUACGUAGGGAUACCAUCCGUCCUGAUUUAGCAGGACAUGUCCUGAUUUUAAGACCCGUUUGGAGCGUCCUGAUUUAUUUUUCAUGUUUUAGCAUUUGUCCUGAUUUUUCUGAAUGAUGCCGGAUGUUCAGAAAUGUUGAAGAUUGUUCAGUACUUUUACUUUGACUCCGGAACGAAACGGACUCAUUUUGAACGAUUUUUUUUUCUUUGGUUGAAUUUUGACGAGAGAAAUUGUCUAGUCUUUGCAACUCUCAACUAUCUGACUUUUGGGUCCUAAAGCUAUCCAGCUUCUUACGCAUCAUAAUGGCGGUCGCUAUAAUGCGUGUUCGUAAUAUGCUAACCUCUGCUAACGUCAGUUUUGGGAUUUCUGAGGAAUUGGCGACACAAAUGUUGCCAGAUUUAUUUCUCUUUUGAUGAAAUACGUGAAGACUUUAAAUUGACGUGAGCAGAGUUGUCAAAAGUGUGGGUGAUUUAAUACGAACUUUGCAUUAUAGCGUCCGCCAUUAAGGCGCGUAAAAAGCUGGAUAUCAAUUUUUAUAUAUCAUUUAAAAAAGCCGCGUUUUCUAGCAAAACGUGAUUUUAAAAAAAUAUUUAUCGUUUUUCUUCGAUUUUUGGAUGAAGAUUAAAAACCUGCUCGAAAUGUCUUAAAUGACAUUUCGCACUGGUAUAUGGGAGAACUGUCAUUUAAGGUAUUUCGAGCAGCAUGUUAUGUUUUAUUUAAAAAUCGAAGAACAAUUAUAAACAUUUUUCAAACAUCACGUUUUACUCAGAAAGUUGCUCUCUUUUAACUUAUAUAUAAAUAUCAGAAAACCGUGUAAAACUUAAGGACCCAAUUUUAAACAGUUUACGUAUGCUGCAUUUUUUAGGUAUCUCCUAACGCCUAAUGAAUGAAAGUUGCAAAAUUGGAUCAUCUGAGAAAUACUUUAGAUAAAUGAAUGAGUGUUUCGGCGUGUUUUGAAGUGCAAUCUCAAAUUGCGUGUUUUAUAUAUUGAUACCACAAAAAAUUUGUACCGGAAAAAGUUGUCCUAAUUUUUAACCCCGACCGAAUGGUAGUCAUACGGCCGACGUUGUUUGUUUUCCAUGGAAAAUAAGGUGUCAAAUAUCGCGAGAGAAUGGGAGUCAAUUGUACUGUUUUUCCCAUGGGAACUAAAUGCUAUGCGCAUUAAACGCAUUAGUGUCGCAAAAUUAGAAAAAAGAUACUAUUUCAGACUACGGAAAUUUCUAUCGAAUGUCCUAACGUCUGUGCAUCAUCUUGAUCACUUCAAGCUGUUUUCCGGAAAAAUUGUUUGCAUUUGUAUGGGAUCCCUCUUUUCUUUCAGAGUAGGAAAGGGUGCCAAGCCACCAGAAAUCUAUGUCUUGUCCCCUAGAACCUCCUCGUGUCAAAUUUGGUUCUAUUUGCUUGAUUAGUUCUCGAGUAAUGCAGAAAUUUGUGUUUCAUUUGUAUGGAAGCCCUAUCUUUCAGAAAAGGGAGAGAUUUCGAAACAACAAUUGAAAUAUUUCCAGCGUCAUUAAACUUCUAAACGACACAUUUGGUUUCGUCUCCUUGAUUAGUGAUUAGUUCUCGAGUUAUUCAGAAACGUGUGCUGUUGAGUUGAAUCUUGACAUACAGAGUGCGACUUAUUUUUAUUUAUAUAAUGAAUAAAUUGGAAGAAUAUGAAAUAUUUAUGAUAAUUUGAAAUAUUUAUAAUUAUUUCAUACCACCAACACUGCGUUUAGUAUAAUUGUGUUGCAAUAUGUGCUUUUUUAUUGAAAUUGUUAUUAAGUAUUGGAGAAAAUUUCUCCUGAAGAAUUAUAAUACUCCUUCAAUUACAAGUUAAGAUAAACUUCCGACUAUUUUCAUAAGAAGGUUGAAAAAAUAGAGAGUGCUUGAUUUCAUAAUGUUAACUUCAUCGUUGUUUGUUCAUUUUUUUUAUAAAAAUUAAUAGACAAGCUGUAUCUUUUACCUUUUAGUUACUUCUUGAUCGGUUUAUCAGUGUUAAAGUUGUGAUUUUUUUCCAAAAUUAUUUUUAUUUUAUUUUAAUUUAUUUUAAUUAAUUCUUAGCUAUACAAUUUCAUGCUUAGAAACAAUGCACCGUUUGGUGGAGCAAAAUUCUAAGAUUAAACAACUCGCAAGGCUUUAAUUCCCAUUCUCCUUAAACGCAAUGGUAUUAAAACGAUAAACUUUUUCAAUAAACUUAGAAUGCUGGAAGAACGUUUCAUCUGGUAUUCGAUAUCAGAAGCAACGAAAAACUAAAAAUUCGAAUCUCCAAUUCCAGCUUUCAGAAAAAAUGCAACUAAAUAUCUGAGAAAUAUACCGAAAAAACGUAUAUCAGUAUCAGUACAGUCGCUCAAAUUUCCAUCAAAUAGCAUCAAACCGCUAGGAACAAGUACAUAAAUAGUCAUUCACAAUCACGUUGAAUUAGUAAAUAGCCAACAAAACAGUUUGAACCUAAAGAAAGAUCGUUCAUGUUUGGAUAAAUUUAAACAAAUGUUCCUUUUCAAUUAAAAAAAAACGUAUUCGCUGUUUAGGUAAUAUUGGCACGCGCAAGAGGUAGUGAAAAGUAAAUAAUAACUUUUCAGUUUUCUAAUGUAUUCGUUAACUUUUGAAUGAUAUUCUAUUCAUCUUGUUGUGAGAAGAGCAAAUUAAACCAGAGGUUGGAAAAUGAAUGAGAACAAAAAGUCAAGAACAAAACCGAAACCUGACCCAGGGCCUAGCCCAGCGCUGCUGUAAAUAGAUGUAGAAUAAGUAUCCCUUACGCACACACAAUAGGAAGCAAACUAGAAACAAAAAUUCAAUUGUUUCUACCAAUUGUUUGUGAGCCCCAAGGCAUGCGUGGAAGAAACCUGGCAGCGCACCGCAACUUUAGAAUCGUCCGUAAACAAAACAGUCAGCAGCGAAAAAUCAAACAAACUUAUUAACUGUGUAUAUAAACGAUCAAAAACUCUGAUAAUUAACUAAGGUGUUGUACAGUGAAAGAAGUGUACACACAUUCGUUUGUGCGUUUCGUAUUACAAUGUACACCAGGCGAAAACUUUAUCCUGCUCCAGGUGUGGAACACGCCGCCGCGUCGCGUCACGUCUGCGGUGCAUCAGUCAGCGGGUGGAAGCGAGGUUUAAAAAGCAAACAAAAAUUACAGUAAUAACGAUGAAGCUAUCGGCAGCAUGUAAUAAUGGGUUUUAUGGCUAGUCAGGAGAUUUAUGUUAAUAAUUUAAUUUAUAUGAAAGCAGCGAAAUAAGUAAUGAUUGGUUUUCGAUGGAUGCGAGUAUAAUUAUGUGCAUUGGAGGCCGGAAAGGGUGUAAUGAUAGUAUGUUAUCAGUAUUUUAUUGAAAUGAGCUUCAACACCUAUGAUUUUUUUUGUUAUUUGAUAGUAUAUAGACUGAACUAAAAAACCAUAUGGAAGCUAGAGUAAAUUUGUAUUUUACUAUACAUAAUAUUAGUUGCAGAGGUUAAAAAAAAACGCACAUUUUUGAUAAUCUGUAUGAUUAGAAUUAUUAUUGAAUUUAAGAACGCUCAAGCGUGCAUUCAAAUUGGUAUGAGACACUUAAUAUUACACAGCUUCCGUGUACUGACAGCCAUGUAACCCCCCUUUAGCUCAAAGGUAAAAUUAGAAAAUAAAUACCGCUCAAGAUUCGACGCGUUCGGCGCCACUUUCGCCUCAACUUGUUACUCUCGAUAGGAUUUUGUUGAAAUCAUUUGUAAACUUGAUCCCUGUACAUAGUACUGUAGCAAAUGCAAAUACCCAUUAGACUAGUCCAUGAGGUGAAGGUUUUAGAGAGCCACUAAUAAACAACAAAAAAACACAAUGAAGGUGAAAACCAAGCAUCCGGAAUAAAUAGAGCAAAACAAAACAAAGCAUUGUAAAAAGUUAACCGAAAAACUAGACGUAAGUGCUAUAUAGCAAAUGGCGAUACAAUAAAGGGUAAAACUGUCUAUCAAUGUUCAACCAUGUUUUCAAAACUGUUUUUGUACACAAGUGACGGGGAGACGCAGGCUCAAACAUACGAAAAAAAAGAGGGCUGCAAGAGCCCAAAGAGUGCAACAAACUGUCAUCUAUUGGAAGGAGAAAUAAAGUGUUAAUGCUACUAUUUCAUAGAAA